AUGUCUUUAAACUCUACCAGAAACUCAACCCACGGAGGAAGAGAAAAGGCUGAACCUUCUGUCCAUCAUGUUGCUACUGAUCGUGUUCAGCAGGCAGACAUUGCCCCAAGACCCCAAGCUGUCAACCAGGUGGCAGAUCCUGAACUAGAAAACAGGAUUAUUGAUCUCUUGGUUGUCAUCCAAUCCAGAGCUGGCAGUGUCUAUGACAAUGGCAAUGCAAGUACUAUUGCAAUCCUUGAUAUCAUUAAUGCUCAGCAGGCUUGUCUGGCUCAACAGCUCAGUGCUGUGUCUCAUGAGUCUGCGAGUGGUUCUGUACUGGUUCCUUCAACAGGGCAGAAUCCUUCUAAUGAAAUGAAUGCGAUUGUUUUAGGAUUCAUCAAUGAAAGAAUGUGGAAGAGAAACUUCGUCUCUAACAACCCGCCAAUGGCUGCUGGUGUUUGGUCUGGACUUGUAGUUGAGAAGAUAAAAAACAACUACAAGUACAUUUACUGGACAAUGAACAUGACUCCUGCCCAAGCAACGGCCAAAAACUAUAAAGUGUGCUCCAACAGUAGACGCAUAGAGAUUCAUUUGCGCCGUCUUGGAGUUUAUAAUGACAAUUGGCCGAUCAUUGAUUGCAAGAUAGGGUACAAGCAGGGUAACCCAGAUGAGAAGGUCUAUGAGUGUCUCAUUGAGAAAGACGUGAUGUCAGAUGGAGAAUUGGACAGUGAGGUGAUCUCUCCAGGGUACAAGCAGCGUACUCUUCAGGUUGCUCCUCCCAGCUGGAGGAGCGAUGAGAUACUCAACAAGCUCCUCAGCAUAAUUGAUAAGAUCAUGCAAACUAACGAUGAGCUGCAGGUGACAACAAUGUCAAAGCUACAAAUGAUCAGGCGUCUGACAUCUAUUAAGAAUACACCUGUAUCACGUAAUAUGUCUGCCAUAAUCUCUGAAUGGGCAAUCCAAAUAAGUCUACAAUUGCAACAGGAAGGAGAAAGCGAUGUACAGGCAAUAUGCUCUGGAAAUCAGGUGCAGAAAAUGCAGGACCCCAAAUUUCCACACCUCCAAGUUGUCUACUUGUUACUUGCAAAGCCUUGUAUCACUUUACAUACGCAAAAGUAUGCUGGAUACUUUGGAGGUUUCCGUGAUGUGGAGUUGAAACGAGUGGACUAA